AUGACUACUAUCCAACUCGCUCGUCCAACAAUCCGCCAUUUCUCAGUGCACCGUCCUCAACAAACUAGCCGCGCAUCUCGAUUUGUCACUUCAUCAUGUCUCGUUUCUGCCGUCGUGCUUCCAUUCGUCCCACCAGCCCUCGAGAGCUCGCGCGAGAAAAAUAAGGGAUAUCCGAAUCACAGCAAGCCGCAUCCGCCUCUCUGUUUCCACGCUCGCUGA